AUGAGUAUAGCUCUUGGGCCUUGCGCAUGGCUCCAGGAGGCAGUUCUUGACUCAGAUGGAAAUCUAGAGGGCAUCUUCAUCACCUUCGUAUUGCGGACGAUAAGCUUUGCUGCGAACGCCAAAUAUAUGGGGAUGAAUGGGAUGGACCUUCGUGAUGCAUACAGUGGUGGCCCGACCGCUCUAAUCGAGCACAAAUGGAUUGUCAUAUCAACGUUCGGGCGCUUUGCAGUCACAUCCAAGAGUGGUUUUUCGCCAAUGGAAAUCUGUGCCAGCCCGAUGUUUCGUAAUAUGGAAUUGGGCAAGAUGCGUGAUGAUCCCGAUGAUCACACUCUUUUUGCCACGAUCGGUGAAGAGAGCACCGGUGCCGUACUUUACAAUGUCAACAUCAUACUUGUCCACCUCUUCUUCCAUGUUGGGCUCACUGUGAUCUAUACCAUCCUCGUGGUAAAUCGUUUGCUCAUCAUGCGCAACCAGAUGAAGCGGGUGAUGGUCCAAUAUGAUCCAAGCACCUAUGACGCCGUCAUUCUCAUGAUCAUCGAGUUCUCCCUGUUAUACCUUUGCCUUCGCUAUUAUUUCCAUAGUUGGCAUCCGAACGGUGUCAGCUCAGCACGGGCAGCCUCGAAGUCGAGCUCCAUCCCCGCUUCCACCUCGUCUACCCUUGUCUCAUCCUCUAAACCAACCACUUCGCUCAAGGCUCCUCCUGCCGUAGAUCAUUCUGCGCCGACCACCUCGCCGUACUUUUCCAAAGUAUACUUGGAUGUGCGGAAACGUCCCUAG